AUGGAGACUGAUUCUACAAACAUUUGUGAAAUAAUGUGCAAUAAAUUCAUCUGUAAAAUUUGCUUGCUACUAAAUAUUCCACGGUCAACUGCUAGUGGUAUUAUAACAAAAUGGAAACAACUGGGAACAACAGCAACUCAGCCACAAAGUGGUAGGCCACAUAAAAUGACAGAGCGGGGUCAGCACAUACUAGAGCAGGGGUGUCAAACUGGCAGCCCUCCAGCUGUUGCGAACUUGGAUUGGGUGGAGGAACUUGACUGGCCUGCACAGAAUCCUGACCGAAACCCGAUAGCACACCUUUGGGAUGAAUUAGAGCGGAGAAUGUGAGCCAGG